AUGGUCGAGUAUUCAGGCUGGGCUGUGUACUGCGGAUCGGCUUAUAUCGCGAGAGGGGAGAUAUUCAGUUUGGUCGCUGUAGCUGCCAGUUGCGAUGUUAACAUUGUAAUAGCCAUCACGAUUAUUACUGCAGUUGAAUCACAGGAGAUGACCGACGAGGACCAUUCCGAUUCUCGAACCGAAGACGACUAUGAAGAAGGCGAGGAAGCAUAUGAUGAUGAAGGCACUUUGGAUGAAGAGGAAAUGCUGCAUCCAGAAGAUAACUACCAAGAUGAGCUCAAAAUGUUAGAAGAUGAUGCUAAUUUAUCCAUUGAAGAACUGCGACAGAAAUACUGUAAUGCCGUUGUGGAAGAAGAGUAUGAUGAUACGCAGUCCACAUCAACAUCAGAUGAUACCCGUAAGUCCGAAAGUACAGAUGAUGCUACUGCAAAUCCAGACUUUACAGAACCAGAUGUGGUCGCAUCGCCGGUUAUAUCUUCCAAAAAAGGAAAAAAAGAGCAUGGCUACUUCUCUGAUGUUGAUGAUAAUGAAGAGGACACUGAUUAUGUGCCACCUGAUCGUUGGCGAAGGAUUGUGAGGCAAGGACCAAUGUAUCAAGCCUCUGUUCCUGAUACAAUAUCGACGGGUCCCAAAAGUCCACGAGGAGAGCUUGAAAUGCUUUUGUGGUCACCUCAUACUGAUGUAUCAAUGAAGAAAGUGGAAGAAUAUUUGAAAAAUUAUUACGAUAGGGUACUGCAAAGCAGUGAUUCAUCUCUCCUGGCUGAAGCGCGUAAACCUGGGAAUUCAAAUCGAAGUUUCCCUGUAAAAGAUGAUGAAGAUGCUUUGAAAGCUCUGUUGAAUGCCAACUAUAACACGAGCAUGGCAUUGGCCAGUUAUCCAUUUCCACGCGCCAAUGCCCCUCUGAAGAGCGUUGGACCAAAUCCUGCCAAAUGGAAUGAUCAGUUACCUCAUAGGACUGUUGGUGAAAUAGUACAUUUCUACUAUAUUUGGAAGAAAACAGAACGUCAUGAUAUGUUCCAAGAACGAAUUCGAGGAAUAAAAAACCAAGACAAUCCCAACUGCACUGAUUUUAUGGGAGGAUUAAUGGAUCACAUGGAUGGAAGAAGCGGUGGAAAUGUAUUGGAUAUAGCGGCUAAUACAGUUCCGAUUGAAAUAGAUUUGAUAAGUAAGGAUUGGGAUUGGAACAACGAAGAAGAGAGUACCCUCCCUCAUCUGGAUAGCGAUACGAUUGCUAACGUAUUACAAUGA